GCCAAUCACAGAUCAGCUGGUGACGUAGCCGAGGCUGUAAACAUGUACAGUAUAAACACAUGGCUGUCAGCUCCUGCACUCAGACAGUCAGCAUGGACAGAGGAAAUAGUGGAGGACUGUGGGACUCGGUGAAGAAAGCCGCUUUUGUCAUCGGAUCUGGGCUUUUCUUCCUGGUCGGGUUUAGAAACUCAGUGACAUGGCAUUUGCAGAGGUUUUGGGGAGCGUCUGGAGACUUCUGGCAGACACAGUUGACCAAGCUUCACCAAGCCAUGGGUGGAAAUGAGGCUGCCUUGUUCUUUAUCGGGACGAUGCUGGUGCCGACGCUCUCCUUCUGGCUGUUCAACGCCCUGCUGAUGCUGGUCGACACGACGGGGAAGCCGAGCUUCAUCACACGCUACAGGAUCCAGCCUGACAAAAACAAUCCGGUGGACCCAGACCGGUUGCGUCACGCGGUGAAGACGGUGCUGUUUAACCAGGUGUGUCUGUCAGGGCCGGUGGUGGUUCUGGUCUACAUGCUGAUGCAGUGGCGCGGGGACCCGUGUAGCCCGGAGCUGCCCAGCUUCCACUGGGUCCUGCUGGAGCUGUCCGUCUGCGGCCUGUUGGAGGAGGUGCUCUUCUACUACACACACAGGCUGGUUCACCAUCCGUCGCUCUAUAAGAGCAUCCACAAGAUUCACCACGAGUGGACGGCUCCGGUGGGAGUGGUGGCGCUCUACGCUCAUCCGGUGGAGCAUGUGUUGUCCAACAUGCUGCCGGCUCUGGCGGGUCCGGUUCUGCUCGGCUCGCACGUCGCCACCACCAGCCUCUGGUUCACCGUGGCUCUGCUGGUGACCACCGUCUCUCACUGCGGGUACCACCUACCCCUGCUGCCCUCGCCGGAGUUUCACGACUACCACCAUCUCAAGUUUAACCAGUGCUAUGGAGUGCUGGGUGUGCUGGACAGGCUUCACGGCACCGACGACAAGUUCCGUAACUCAAAAGCGUACGAUCGGCACACGGUCCUGCUGGGUCUGACCCCGCUGAGCCAGAGCAUCCCUGAACCCGCCAAGAAAGCGCAGGAUUAACCAGAAUGCACGUGUCAGACGCGUUCCUGUAGUCUCUGCAAGAGUUUAUCAGCAGUGUAAUCGAUCGGGAGUAUGGACACACUCCUGCAUUCAGUAUCAGGUUCAUUCAAACUAAAGCGCUUUACUAAUAUAUGCAGGACUACUGUAUCACACUUUACUCUAUCUGAAGAUGCUCUAGUCCGUGUUUGGGAUCAGGGUUCAAAUCCUGUCAAAUGACCUUAUGUCGUGAAGAUAUGAUCAGUCCUUUUUAUUGUUUUAAUCUGUGUCUGAGUUCUCAUAUUGUGUCAGAAUAGCUCCAACAUUUAUACAGUUGAUGAAAGAUUUUAAUACUUCUGAUCAAUGCUAUAUUUUAAUCAUGAAAAUCUGGUGCUGGUUUCUUGGAACUGAACAUGUUCCACACAUCUACUCUUUAUGAGUUCAGUUUCUGGAUGUUCUGACCGAAGAUCACUCAUUAAAACUAACCUGUAUCCCCGGG